AUGCAGAUCCCCAAAACUCACAAAGCCGUAGUCUAUGACCAACCUGGCAAAAUUUCCACUAGCUUAUUGGAAAUAGAGACUCCCGCUCCAGGGCAUGGGCAAGUCCUGAUCAAGAUGACUCAUUCCGGAAUAUGCCACUCCGACCUUAGUCUUAUGGCCAAAACGCUCACUGUUCAGUGGAGUUGGCUUCCGGAACCUGUCAAGGCCGGACAGAUCGGUGGCCACGAAGGCGUUGGCGUCGUCGCACAGCUGGGACCCUCAUCUGAGACAUCCGGUGUUAAAGUAGGCGACCGCGUGGGCAUCAAAUGGAUUGCGUCUGCAUGUGGCAGCUGUAUGCCUUGCUUGGCCGGCGCUGACGGGGUGUGUGAAAACGCCGUUGUGUCGGGGUAUACAUGCCCGGGUACAUUUCAGCAAUACACUUUGGCACCUGCUCACUACGUAACGCCCAUUCCCGACGGAUUGGCUAGUGAGGUCGCGGCACCACUCCUGUGCGGUGGUCUGACGGUAUACUCGGCUCUCAAGAAAUGCAGAGCUCACGCGGGAGAUUGGGUGGUCAUCGCCGGAGCCGGUGGUGGACUCGGGCACCUUGGAGUACAACUUGGUGGCCGAGGAAUGGGAUUCAGAAUAAUUGGAUUGGACAUAGGAUCGAAAGAGGAGUUUGUCAAGGAUUGCGGCGCAGAAGCCUUUGUCGACAUCUCCGAAUAUCCUACAUCUGAUGGCAAGACUGCUGCUGACCGCAUAUUAGAGAUUACUGGUAAUCUCGGCGCGGCGGCAUCUAUAGUCUGUAGCGGAAGUAAUGCUGCAUAUGAUGAGGCACUGUCUUACUUGAGAUUCAAUGGCACGCUUGUCUGUGUUGGUGUUCCAUACGAGGCGAAAGCCAUUGCUAGUGCCUUUCCUCAUGCUCUGGUUAGCAAACAAUUAGCCAUCGUUGGAAGCACUGUUGGCAAUCGUCGGGAGGCGAUUGAAACCUUGGCCAUGGCUAAAAGGGUUGCCACAACACCUUUCCAGGUCGAGAAGGUCGAGAACAUCAAUACCGUGUUCAAUGAAAUGAAAGCAGGGAAGUUACAGGGCCGAGUUGUGCUAGACCUUCAAUCAUUUUAG